AUGAAGUGCACCGAGACAGCGAAGGCUAUACGCGUCGCGGGCGGGGCGGAGUCCCUGUCGGGCCUCGCGGCGGUGCUGCAGGCGGCCGAGGAGGGCCGCGGGGACCGGGAGGCGCCCGCGCCGGAGACGAGGGAAGAGCCCCUGCCGUACCUGGGGCCCUUCAGGCAGAACCCGCCCGAGACGGGCCUGCGCGACGUGGAGGCCGGAGACUGGGACGCCAUCUUCGACCGCCUGGGCUGGAUGCCCUCCGCCCCGAAGGCCGCGCAGCCGCACCCAACAGCUGGGCGGCCACUUGGCAGCAGCAAGUCCGCGCCCAGCCCUGAGGCAGCCAUGGCCGGCAUCGCGGCGUGGCAGGCCGCCAGGGCGAGCGAGGUGCCCGAGGAGCCGCUGGAGCCCGAGGAGGGCGAGUACUGCCUCGAAGCCUUGACCCUCCGCCAGCUGCAUGUCAUGUCCAUGCACAGCCGCUCGAAGCAGCGCCGCGCCGGCGGGGCGAAGCAGAAGGCCCCCCCCGCGGAAGAAGGCGGCCAGUCCGCCGCCGCCGCCGCCGCCGCGGGGCCCGCGCCGUCGCAGGCGGCGCAGGGCGAGGACAGCCUGCGGGAGCUCCGCGACACCCUGCGCGAGCUCCUCGGCGACUGGGAGGCAGCGGGAGGCGACGCCGACUCCGGCGCCCCCGGCGCCCUCGGAGCGGAGGUCGUGGAUCUCCGCGUGCACCGCCCAAAGCUGCGGGGCCCGGGAGGGGCCACCGCGUGUAGGCCGGCGGGCGGCCGCCUGGGCCUCCGCGUUGACCGCCUCGCCGGCGUCGAGCGCAAAGACCUGCGGGAGCGGGCAAAAGAGAAGGACGAGGAGUGGCUCGCCGCCUCCGAGCCGGCGCACGUCACGGGGAUGUCCUCUGGAGGCGCUGCAGCGAGCAGCCUCAUAUAUCCGCCCUCGCCGGUGCACCGCCUGUUCGUGCCCCCGCAGCUGCUGGGCGCGGGCGCGAGAGGGGGGGAACACCAACUCGGAGACGAAGAUGAGCUGGACGACGAGCAUCCAGGCCGCGACGUGGACCUCGUCUCCUCGCGGGACGCGCCCGCGGACGAGGGCCUCGAAGGCCUGGCGAGGACCUACACGCCAGGGCAGGCGCUCCUCCAGCAGAGGCUGCCGUGGACGUUCCACGAGAGCAUGGAGCACAUUGCCGUGGAGAGGCGCGAGGCCUACGGCGUGCUGCACCGCGGCGGCCUCCCGCCGAGCGCCGCCUGGACGCCGUGGGCGCCGCGGAGCACGCUGAUGGAAAACCGAGCGCAGACCUUCAGCGAGGCCGUCUCCUCGCCCGUGCCCACGCCCGGCGGCACUUUCAUCGCGACGCCGUCGUGGUCGCACGCCGACGCGGGCGAGUUCCCCCUCCUGAGAAAGGAGGACGCCUCGAGUCCCCUGUACGUGCACUCCUCGCCGCGGAGGUGGGCCAGCGACAACGGCGGCGAGGAGGUGUCGAUCGCGUCCUCCGGGUCCGGGUCGGCGGGCGGCCACAGACCGAGCAGCGCGGUCAGUGGGCCACCGAGGGUCGCGGCCCACGGCAGGCCCGCCAGCGCGGUGCUGCAGGCCCUCCUUCCAGACGUACUACGAGGGCAUGGCCGAGGAGGCGGAGCGCAAGGGGCGGCCGCCCCUGCCGAGCAUCUUCGCGCCGGGGAGCGGCUCCUCGGCCUCCGCCCCGUCGGGGCUGCCCUUCAGGGGGCUGUGGCAGCGGGGCCGGCAGUGAUCCCCGCCCCGCAUAGCCCCGGCCGCCGCUCCGCCGGCGGCGCGCAGAGUUUUAAUGUAGGGGGUUCCACAGGACGGAAGCGCGUUGUGAGGAGAGGGAGCUCCGUUCCCGCGCCAGGAUCGGCGAGUCUCGGGACGCGUGUCGGUCCGACUUCUUUCGAUCGCAUCACUUCGUGUUGCGAGGUGCUGUGUCUCCCGUUGAAAGGGGGGAAGACGCCAAGCGUGCGUUCUUGUGGUCUUGGGCCUGAUCUGCGCGCCUUCCUUCUCCAGCCGACGACCCCUCCGUGGCUGGUCGAGCCAGCUUGGCUGUGUUGAGGCGUCUGGCGAGCCGCCGCACGCGAGUCAGCGCGCGAUAGGCCUGGCAUGUCGCUUGUACAUAGGCCCUGCCUCGACGUCUCACUCGCUCGGCGAGGACCUUGCACGGCGCCCGCGCUCACCGCAAUGCACCGCGGACCUCUGGCUCCGCGCCGCCUCGGUGGCCCGCGCUUCCAGCGAGCAGCCCUCGACCCCACGCAGAGGCCAACAGCAUAUGGAUACGUACGCGUUCAGCUUCCGCCAGACUCCGCCGGACUGCGCUUUGCACGCGGACACUCGUGCACGCAGGGCCGCUCCUUUGCUUCGACUGUAGCGCGGAGGGCGUACAGUACAUCUGUCGAUGCUCGAGCUGCUUCCUCGCGGGCCGUUCCUGGCGGGCCCCAGGGCCCGCGAUAUGCGCCCCCUCGAGGGAGCCUUGAGCUGUCCGUUGUCGGUCCUCGAGCGGGCGCCGCGGCCGUCCUUUCCCAGGCUGGCGCCCCCGCCAGGCUUGGACCCGUGCGGAGCUCCGAGAGCUCGCAGGCUUCUGCAGCUGUGUCUCCCCCGAUCUCCUCCAGGAUCGGGCAUGGACAGAACCCCCCCCUGACCUCAGUGGGCCCUGGAAACGACAGGGCCGUUUUCUCACCGGCUCCGUUCUGCUGUUUUCUUG